AUGUAUUGGUCUAAGGGGCACAGAAUAGCAAAAAAGAUACUUAGUUUAAUAAUAAGACUUAAUUGUGAUGAUGAAUUUUUUGAUAUGUUGGAUGAGUUUAUUUUAUCCAAAACAUGUGAGUUGAAACUUUUGGAGGAAAACAAGGAUGGUAAUAAUAUACCACAACCACCACAACAAUCACAACCUGCUAUUA